AUGUUUUCAGCGACAAACAAAGUGACGGCCGCCUGUGUCGUGGCAAUAAUGAUGAUGAUGAUGAUCACAGAGGCAGCGGCCAUGCCGAAGACAGGAAGGACACACAAGCAUGGUGCAACGCUUGAAACAGUCUCCCUGCAGCUGGACGCCAAAACUCUGGAAACCCACAGACACACCAGGCUGCUGAACAACGCCUCCAUCUCGCCAUGGACGUACAACGUCACCACCGACGACACUCUGUUCCCUCCCUUCCUGUCGGAGGCUCACUGCCUGCUGCAGGGCUGCCUGAACUUACAGGGCCAGGAAGACCGGAACCUGGAGUCCAGACCCAUCAUGCACCAGGUGCUGCUGCUGCGGCGCAUCAGGCCAGAAGGGUCGGCAGACUACCACUACCGCCUGGAGUCCCGCCUCAUCUCGGUGGGCUGCACCUGUGUCAAGCCUGUGGUCCGAAUCCAGCAAUGA